AUGGACUUCUGUGACCUGCCUACCAUGCGCCAGUGGAUGGAGGCUGACUGGAGCAAGCGGGCACCCAAGCAACUCUUCUCCCACCAUUCCAGUGCCACUCCUGGUGACAUGGAAAAGUGGAAGGAAGUGCUCAACAGCAUCAACUGUCCACCUGCAGGCCUUGCCAUCCACCGCAAGGCGCCUGCAGUCGCAUUGAUGCCUGAUACCUGGGCCAACCUACCACACUCUGCCAAGACCAGCUACAUUGCUAGGCAAGUGCAAUGCGCCUUUGAUGAGGGGAGGAAGCUGGCAGUGUUUGGGCAGCACCUGCACACCUUCACCAUCCUCAGGCACCAACUUCACAAGCAACACCCAUGCAACCUUGAUAUCCUUGAGGUAUCAGGCCGCAUCCCCACUGAGAAGCAUGCCAAGCAACUUGCACAGUUCCUCAGCUUGACCCUGCAUGGCGUGCUCCUCCUCUCCACCAACAUGUGCGCCGUGGGCAUCAACCUUCAGCAGGUGACCGAGGUCAUCUUUGUUAAGUCAAGCUGGAAUCCAGCAACUGACCGCCAGGCCAUGUGCUGUGCAUGGCAGCUUGGGCAGCAGCAGCAUGUGAUAGUUGCCCACCUCCUCAUGUGA